AUGACCAUGUACAGCGCCUGGCAGGAGAGCGUCUUGCCGGAAGUCAGUCAGUGGGUAGUUGUGGGUACUCCGCGCGGCAUCGUCGGACUACCAAGGAAACAAGAGGACCCUACAAGCGCAGAUGGACACCGCCCUGCAUCUCGCUCUGCCCGUCACAGCCACGCUGCUGAAGAAGAAGCGGGCGAACGGGCGAGGAGAAGCGCUGGUCAGAUGCAUCGAGACUAUGUCAAAAUCUCGCACGUACGGCGAAGGAAAGGCAACCGCAUUGCCACUGGAAUGGUGGAAGACGUCAUCGCUGUGUUUUAUGCCACUUUGAACCUGGUUUUGACCCGCGGUUAUGAUCACAGUGGUCUGGUGAGAGUACCGCCACUAGAGAUAAGCAGCCCACCGCUGCCGGAUAAGUUCUUUGACUCAUAUAGACCGUGCGUACGGCGGGCGUUUACAGUGACUGAGGUCAACAGAAUGGUGCAGGUGUCUAUGGUCCAUUCCCAGUUGUUCUCUUUUCAUAGAUACAAGCUAUCGUGGCGUAGGCGAUAUUUCUUCAUUUUAGGCACGUUGUACAUGUAUAGAAUCGCGUGACCAUAUGCGUCUACCACUCUGCCUGUACCUGGCGCGCACAUGGUCUGUGCACCAAAGCUCCGAGAUUCCCAGGCAAAGCUUCAACGUGUCCUGCAGUUGCUCUCUGGUGGUGGAUUAUCAAUCACCGGAUCUCAUCUGCUGUGCGGCGACUUCCUGUACAGCAGCCACACUGUCAUUCUCACGCUCACGAUACUCUUCCUCAAAGGUGUAUAUUCUCCUCGUUCUUUCUGGUGGUUUCAUCUUCUGUGCUGGUUAACGGCUGCUGUGAGGUCAGUGUGUAUCCUGGUGGCCACCAGACACUACAGUGUGGAUGUGGUGGUGGUGUUCAUCACCACCCGACUGUUCUACUGAUAUUAAUUCAUGAUAUUAAUUCAUAUUGUCCCGCUUCGCCAGACUUUAAAGUGUUCUCCUAACAACUACCUCACUCACACCUGGUGGAACCCUGUGUUUAACUUCUUCGAGAGGAACGUCCAGACCCAAGUGCCCUGUUCUUUCUGCUGGCCAAUCACAUGGCCGCCCGCCUGUCUGAAGAACCCCUGUAAGAAAUAUUCUAUGGUGCAGAGCAGCCGGGAGGAGUGACGUUAUGAACUCAACGCGACGCCUAGACCAACAUGUGGAAAUGUUUUGUAUU